ACGUAAUCACAUGAAAGAGUGGUGAUGUAUUUUGAUUUCGUCUGAAAAUCGUAUAAACAAUACGAAUUUUAUAAUUAUUUUUCAUCGUUCGAAGAGUUUUUCGUGAUUAUAUUCCAUUAAAAUAUCACCUUAGAUCGAAUACAGUUUGAGUAAGUGAUUUUCGAAACAUCCAUCAUGAGUAAAUUACUCGACGUAGUUAAAAAAUUCAAAGACGAGUACGUCAAUACAACUCCGAAAAGAUUGAAGAUAAUCGACGCGUACUUGCUGUACAUAUUGUUAACCGGUGUUAUUCAAUUCUUGUACUGUUGCUUGGUCGGAACUUUCCCAUUCAAUUCUUUCCUAAGUGGAUUCAUCUCCUGUGUCAGCAGUUUCAUAUUGGCAGUAUGUUUAAGGUUACAAGUUAAUCCUCAGAAUAAAGAGAACUUCAAAGGGAUUAGUCCAGAACGAGGAUUCGCUGAUUUCAUUUUCGCUCACGUAGUCCUGCAUUUAGUUAUCAUGAAUUUCAUCGGUUGAUUUCCCAAGGCUCACUGUGAUCGAUUCGCUAUUUGUAAUUAUUUUUUGAAAUAUGUCUUCAAGAGAACAAUUAUUCUUUUUCGUACUUUUUCUAUUAAGAUAAUAUACACUAUUGUACCUCUAUCCCAUGAAAAUGUUAUGCUUUUGUUUCUAGUUAUUACGAGAGAGAGAGUAGAAUAGUAAGAUGAAAGUUUUCACUAUUUGAUAAUAAACAACCUGUUUACGUUAAAAAUUUCA